AUUAUAUGCUUUCUUAGUGCAGUUGGAUAAUGUCCUAUCAUAUCUAGGGGAAAAAGCUUUGAAGGUAGACUCAGGAAAAUGGAAAAAUUCUUCAAAUUUUAACAACACAAUUGGGAGUUUGAGAAAUUUUGUGGAUUUACUUAUUUGUGACAUCAGACAGACCAUAGCUUGCGUUUUGAUUUAAUGGACAGUGCUUUGUAUGCUUAUCUGAUGGUUGUCUGUGUUUGUUGUGCCUGUGUUGAUAAACUUGGUCCUUUCUUCUUGCAUCAGCACCCACAAGUACCGAAAUUUGGCAACUGGGAAAGUGAAGAAAAUAUCCCUUAUACUGCCUAUUUUGAUAAUGCAAGGAAGGGCAGAAAAGGUGGUAACAUGAAUCCAAAUGAUCCUCAAGAUAAUGCUGAUAGGUUUUCUGAUCAUUCGCAUCAGGAGGCUGAACUAAAGGGCCAAAAGGGACCAGGGGCGAUAAGGUCAAAGCACAAGCGUCACACAAGCCGAGAAGAUGGUGAGCUAAGGGGAUUGAGUGGGUCUCCUUUGCAUCCUGACACUGUGCCUCAGAAUGCUGCAAUUGACUCAUCUCGUCAACAGUAUGGUGGUGCAAGAUCUGGAAGCAGUACGUCAGAAUCAGAGGCACCAAAGGGCCCAGAUGCAUUAAGACCAAAGGAUGAGCGCCGCCUAAGCCGGGACGAAGGUGAUCUGAGGAGGCCAACUGAUUCUCCAGUGCGUCAUGACACUGUAGGCCGAAGAGCUAAUGUUGACUCACCUCAUCAUUGUCAUGGUGGCACAACCGCUGGCGAUACCCCUAGGAGAGUCACACGGCAAGGUGGGGGGUCUGAUCGUAGCAUUGAACACUCACCAUUACACCCACAUCACCAGGGAAGGGUUGGAGGCAAAGGCAUUGGAGUUUCUUCUCCCUCGUGGGAGAGAAAGGGUUCAUCCGAUGGUAGUCAUGGCCUGGCUCCCUCUACUCCUGGAAGAUCCCGAUUGAGAUCCGUUACUCGCGGUGAUGAAACUCCUGAUCGCAGCCCUGCUGUUCCAAAAUUCGGUGAUUGGAAUGAGAGUGACCCUGCAUCAGCUGAAGGGUUCACUCACAUUUUUAAUAGAGUGCGAGAGGAGAGACAGGUUGGUGCAGGAACGAAGGUACCUAUCAUGCCAACUGAAACUUCUUAUUCCAACGGUCAGAAGCGUUAUGAAACUGACAAUUCAAAGGGCUGUUGUUGCUUCCCAUGGGGCAGAAAAUGA